CUGCGAUUUUCUGGCCACCAUCUCCACCUGCCUGGGUCACCCUGUCACCAUUAGGUCUGCGUUUUCCUGGAUUGCUGUCCUUUUCUUGCCUAUAGACAAUAGAAUACCUUCUUCCUUCACAUAGAUUCCGAAAGCCGCAUACAUAGUACGUUUCGAACCCGCCGUGCUAUCACUCCGUGCAUUCAAAGUCUCUCGAGGAACAUUCGAGAACAGCAACGUGAUCUUCUGCGCGAGGCAGUGGCCAUACCCUAGGAUCGAAAGAGGAGGAUCGCAACAAGCUAGAGAACGUGAACAAAUCGAACUCGCGCGCCGAAAGAUGUCGACUGCGAUCGUGAGCGCCGACGACGACGUCCUCGAUCCCAGCCUCCAAAACCUCAUCGACCAGAAGUCGCUACGAUGGAUUUUCGUGGGUGGAAAGGGUGGUGUGGGCAAGACAACAACCUCGUGUUCGCUGGCGAUCCAAAUGGCCAAAGCCAGGAAAUCGGUGCUCUUGAUAUCCACUGACCCCGCUCACAACCUGAGUGACGCCUUCAGCCAGAAGUUUGGCAAGGAUGCAAGACUGGUCGAGGGCUUCACAAACCUCAGCGCCAUGGAGAUUGACCCCAAUGGUUCCAUCAAUGACCUUAUCAGCGGCGCCGGGGAUGAGGCUCAAGACGCCAUGGCAGGACUGGGUGGAAUGGGCAAUAUGAUGCAAGAUCUGGCUUUCAGCAUUCCUGGCGUUGACGAGGCCAUGUCCUUUGCCGAAGUGCUCAAGCAGGUCAAAUCUCUAUCCUACGAAGUCAUCAUCUUCGACACUGCUCCCACCGGCCACACUCUGCGUUUCUUGCAGUUCCCCACGGUCCUGGAGAAGGCCCUCGCGAAGAUCUCUCAGCUCUCUGCCCAGUUCGGUCCCAUGCUGCAAUCCGUCAUCGGAGCAAGAGGAGGUCUUCCGGGAGGGGCAACACUGGAGGAACUGACGCAGAAGCUUGAGUCCCUUCGAGAGACGAUUGCCGAAGUCAACGGCCAAUUCAAGAAUCCCGACAUGACUACCUUCGUCUGCGUCUGCAUCGCCGAGUUCCUCUCACUGUACGAGACGGAGAGAAUGAUUCAAGAGCUGGCAAACUACCACAUCGAUACCCAUUGCAUCGUCGUCAAUCAAUUGCUGUUCCCGGAGAAAGACAAUGAAUGUAAGCAGUGUAACGCUAGGAGAAAGAUGCAGAAGAAAUACCUAGACCAGAUCGAAGAGCUGUAUGACGAGUUCAAUGUUGUCAAGAUGCCCCUCUUGACGGAUGAGGUGCGCGGGGUGGAAAAGUUGAAGAGUUUCUCGGAAAUGCUGAUUCAUCCAUAUCAACCGCCAUCAUGAGAUCAAGCCCGGGUUAGGUAGUGAUGAUAGAGACAAAGUCCCAUUCCAACCUCAGCGCUGGGGGCCAAAUAAAAAGCCCAAGGCACCCGCGCUCUGAUACGGACCGAAUGGCAACAUGGAUUGCACGCCCAGCCGUUUGACACGAGCCCAACUCGGUAGAUGAUUCCUGUUCUGACUUAUCGCCUGAGGGGUCCAGAUGCAUUUGACAUGUCUUGGGGC